AUGGGCUCGUCCACUGUCAACGGUUUCAAAAACUACAAUACUUUGCCUCCCAAGCAGCUACUCGCCGAUAUGGUAGACGGUCUGGCAAUCUCAAAGCCCCAUGCUGCUUAUGCAUUUGUCCCCAUUGCGCUCAAUGGCUACAAUGAAGGCUACCAAAAGGUUUCAUAUAGGCACUUUGCCAACAUGGUCAACGGCUUAGCCUGGUGGUUGACGGCGCAAAUUGGGAAGAGCUCGUCUUUGCAGGCGCUAACUUACGUCGGACCCAACGACUUGCGUCAAAAUGCCAUGAUCAUUGCGUGCUCGAAAGCCGGCUACAAGCGGAUUAAGCUUCUUCUUGUCUCGCCUAGGAGUCAAUGCAGUGCCUUGAAGUCGCUGCUCGAGACAGUCGACUGCAAGGCAGUCCUAGCGGCUGAUCCGAGCUCUGCCUUCGCGAGAACAUUUCAACAAGUUGGAGAUCUUCCUACAUUCCAAGUUCCAACUCUUGAAAACCUUAUGGUUGAGGAGUUCCCGCAUUAUCUAGUAUCAAAAACGUUCCAGGAAUCAAAGCACGAGGCAUUACUUGUACUGCAUACGUCCGGGACAACCGCUACACCCAAACCAAUCACCUACACCCAUGAGUGGGCUGCGGCAUACAUGGAUGCUCUCACAUUUGAGCCAUCGCCAACUGUUGAAGCUUCCUGGGAGUUCAAGGAUGACCAUCUGCGAGGCACCCGGCUGCUAGUUAUGAUGCCACCUUUCCAUGCUGCAAAUAUCUUUUGCACAUCUUUCCUUGCAGUAGCCUGCGAAACCACCAUCAUUCUCCCUCCUGCCAACUUUCCAUGUACGGUCGAAGCUUUCAUUGGUGCAAUUCAGAGCACACAGGUUGAUACUGCCUUUAUACCGCCACAUUUGAUUAGCCAUAUUGCCUUGAACCCAGAGUAUCUCGACAUAGUCGAGAAGAGACUGGGGACAAUCAUAUCGGGUGGUGGCAAGAUCGUUGAAUCUCACGGCGAUGCUGUUGCUUCCAAAGUACAUACAAUCACACUCUAUGGCGCAACCGAGGUGGGUAGCGUUCCUGACUACUCGCCUACUCGCAACCUUGUGAACCCUAUGUGGGCAUAUAUACAUCCACACGAGGAUGCAAGGUGGGAAUUUCGUCGCCAGCAUGGUACCGACAACACAGAGCUCCACGAAGCUUGGAUCACUAAGGGCUCUGAUCCCGCGAAAGAGCCGCCCAUCUUUAAAGUUUUCCCCGACCAAGAAGAAUAUUGCACCAGAGAUCUCUAUGUUGAGCAUCCUGAACUGAAAGGCUUCUGGAAGUGGCGCGGGCGACUUGAUGACACAAUUUGUCUGUCUACCGGGGCCAACCUAAGCCCAAUCCUGAUGGAAGAUGGUCUUUCACGAAUUCCUCAACUUCAAGCGGCCCUCAUGAUUGGAACUGGCUACCGUGGAUCUGCUCUCCUCAUCGAGAAGAGAACACCUUGCGAGACAACCGACCUGAAAGAGCAGUUGGUCGCUGAGAUCUGGCCAUAUGUGGAGGACUUGAAUCAGCACUACUUUGAGGAUCAUAGGAUCACUGCUGAUCGCAUUAUCGUCAUCGAUGUCAAGAAACCGAUGGUCCGAUCCUUGAAGGGUACGAUUCAACGCAAUGCCACCGUAGCACUGUAUAAGGAAGAACUUAUGAGUCUUUUCAGAGAUACUGCAUAA